GAUCCGGCGUGCGCCUUCAUCCACCCGGCAAAAAAUUGGACACGAGACGUCGGUGUGCUCCGGAGACCGGUACUGAUUUUCAAGCUCUGCACAACCAUGCCAUCCGACUUGGCCAAGAAGAAGGCAGCAAAGAAGAAGGAGGCUGCUAAAGCUCGCCAACGUACCAAGAAAUCUGAUGAACUAAAUGGAGAUGGUGACCAACCAGAGACCCAGCAAAAUGGAGCAGAAAGCAAUGACAUUGCCAGUUUGACCCAGGAGCUGGAUGAGUUUGAGCUCCGGAAGACCGAGGCACGGGCUGUGACAGGUGUUCUUGCUUCCCACCCCAACAGCACUGAUGUUCACAUUAGCAGCCUGUCGCUCACCUUCCAUGGGCAGGAGCUGCUCGCGGACACCAGCCUGGAGCUCAACUCAGGCAGACGCUAUGGCCUCAUCGGACUUAACGGCACAGGAAAAUCCAUGCUACUCGCAGCCAUUGGGCAUCGAGAGAUUCCCAUUCCAGAGCACAUAGAUAUUUACCACUUGACCCGAGAGAUGGCCCCCAGUGAAAAGACGGCUCUGCAGUGUGUCAUGGAGGUUGACGAGCAGAGGAUCAUGCUGGAGAAGGAAGCGGAGAGACUUGCCCAUGAGGACUCUGAAUGCGAGAAGCUGAUGGAACUGUAUGAGCGUCUCGAAGAGCUGGACGCAGACAAGGCAGAGGUGCGAGCCUCGCGGAUCCUCCACGGUCUGGGUUUCACUGCUGCUAUGCAGCAUAAAAAACUAAAGGACUUCAGUGGAGGAUGGAGGAUGCGAGUUGCUCUAGCUAGAGCUUUGUUCAUCAAACCCUUCAUGUUGUUGCUGGAUGAGCCCACAAACCACUUGGACCUGGAUGCUUGUGUGUGGUUGGAAGAAGAGCUCAAGUCGUUCAAACGAAUCCUUGUGCUCAUCUCACACUCUCAAGACUUCCUGAAUGGCGUGUGCACCAACAUCAUUCACCUACAUCAGCGAAAACUGAAGUAUUACACGGGUAACUAUGACCAGUAUGUGAAGACCAGGGAGGAGCUGGAAGAGAAUCAGAUGAAGCGCUUCAACUGGGAACAGGACCAGAUAGCACACAUGAAGAAUUACAUAGCCAGGUUUGGUCACGGCUCUGCAAAACUGGCACGACAGGCACAGAGCAAAGAGAAGACACUGCAGAAGAUGGUGGCAUCAGGCUUGACUGAAAAAGUCGUGAAUGACAAGACCCUGUCAUUUUGUUUUCCUCCCUGUGGGAAGAUUCCUCCUCCUGUUAUCAUGGUUCAGAAUGUGAGCUUCAAGUACAGUGACAACACACCACACAUAUAUAAAAACCUUGAGUUUGGGAUUGACUUGGAUACACGAGUAGCUCUGGUGGGGCCCAACGGAGCAGGAAAGUCGACAUUACUGAAGCUGCUGAUGGGAGAGCUCCUACCCACUGACGGCAUGAUCCGCAAACAUUCUCACGUCAAGAUUGGCAGAUAUCAUCAGCACCUAACAGAACAGCUGGAGCUGGACCUGUCUCCUCUGGAGUACAUGAUGAAGUGUUACCCUGAUAUCAAAGAAAAGGAAGAGAUGAGGAAGAUCAUUGGUCGCUAUGGCCUGACAGGAAAACAGCAGGUCAGUCCCAUCAGGAACCUGUCAGAUGGUCAGAAGUGUCGGGUGUGUUUUGCCUGGCUAGCCUGGCAAAACCCUCACAUGUUGUUCCUUGAUGAGCCCACCAAUCACUUGGAUAUCGAGACUAUUGAUGCAUUGGCAGACGCAGUCAAUGAGUUUGAUGGCGGCAUGAUGCUAGUCAGCCACGACUUCAGGCUAAUUCAACAGGUGGCUAAUGAGAUCUGGGUGUGUGAGAACCAAACCAUCACAAAGUGGAAACGGGACAUCCUGGCCUACAAGGAGCACUUGAAAUCAAGGAUUGAAAAUCAGGCACAUGACAUCUGAAACGGCCGCACACUGAGCCCACUCCUUUUGUCCUGCGUCAUGCAUUUGAUCUACAAGCUCACAGAAGGCUGAGACAGGUUUGCACUGCAGGAAACAUCCCAACCAGAACUGAAACAAUCUCUUAUGCAUCUUAUUGAACACGUCUCUUCAACAUAUUGUACUGGUUAUUUUCAGUUUUCGGUUUCACAGUGCUGCAUCUUGCUAAACCCAACCCCACUCCCUUCACCUCAGGCUGCACUCUUGAUUGGCUGAUUUCACCUGAACCAUCUUGGUGCAUUUUGGAAUGCAUUCCAUCGUGCUGUGUUCAUAGAGAAGUUUUAUUUUUCCAAAUGUUCUGUUUUUUCCCCCCGCCAUGUAUGCAGCAGCUUUUAGGUCAUAUUUUAUGAUAUUUAAAAGUUGACUUUUGUUCCAUGUAAAACAUUUCGGCCUUAUUUAACAAUGUAAUGCAAUAAAGGAUUUGUCUGAAUAAACAGAACAUUACAAAUGGUA